AUGACCACCAGCAAUAAGAUUAGAGAUAUCUCAGAAGUCAUUGAAGACAAAGAGAAUGGAUUGGUAUUUGAGAAAAACGUCUCCAUUCCAUUGAAGGCAUCUGAUCUUCCUGUGAGAUGUAAUGUCUAUAGACCAAUUGCUCCAGAAGGUGCCAAAUUCCCUGUCCUUGUGACAUAUGGACCUUAUGGAAAAGACAUCCCUUACGUUAAUUUCUUCGCCAAAUCCUUCAGCGAGGUCAACCCUGAGCAUAAAAGUAAAUAUAGUGCUUGGGAAACCCCAGAUCCAGUAUUCUGGACUUCCAAAGGAUAUGUGGUUGUAAGAGCGGAUGAGAGAGGACUGGGUCAAAGUCCUGGACUCUUAGAUACAAUGUCUCGAGGCACGAGCGAGUGUUUCUUUGAUGUUGUUGAGUGGACAUCCGAGCAACCUUGGUCUUCUGGAAAAGUUGGACUGUUGGGAAUCAGUUAUUAUGCAGGCAGUCAAUGGCGUGUUGCAGCUCGUAGGCCAAAGGGUCUUGCGGCUAUCAUACCAUUGGAGGGAAUGACUGAUUAUUACCGUGAUCGAUGCAGACAUGGUGGAAUCCUCUCAGAUGAAUUCAUUCGAUUUUGGUGGAAUAGACAAGUUAUCACCAAUCAAUACGGUCGACCUGGACGUGCAGCUUCGAAAUGGGAUGAAGAGACGCUUCUUAAGAAUCGUAAUGACCAGACUAUCGAUAACGUUAACAAUCGCUUUUUGGAUGACUAUUAUUACAAAUCAAAGGAUUUCAAUUUGGAGGACAUUGAUGUUCCGGUUUUAUCAGUAGCGAAUUGGGGAGGUAUUUUGUUGCAUCUUCGAGGCAAUGUAAAUGGCUACAUGUGGGCAGGUUCCAAGUUGAAGUAUCUUCGUUUCAUUACUGGACGCCACGAUCUUCCCUUUUACUACAGGAAAGAAGUUGAGAUACAGAAAUCGUUCCUCGAUGCGUUUCUCAAGGAUGACGACAAAAUUGGCUGGUCUAUCCCCGGAAAAGUCAGCCCUGUCAGUGUGAUUCUUCGAAAAGGCGAUGUUGGUUACAAUAAUGCUGAAGCAGAAACCAAAUAUGAACGAAGAGAAGAAACAGGAUGGCCAUUAGCAGGAACACAAUAUACCAAAUUCUAUCUCACACCAGGGAAGACACUUUCCAGAGAUCCGCCAGCAUCAAGUGCGGAAAAGGUUUCAUAUGAUGCUUUGGGAAGUCUCAAAAAUCCAAAACUCGUCCAAUUCACAAGCGCACCAUUCGAGCAAGAAACAGAAAUUACCGGACAUGUCACCGCACAUCUUAACGUAUCCCUCUCCCCUUCCACAUCAGCAACCGCCCCAGCAAAAGACAUCGAUAUCUUCUUGACUCUCCGCCAUACCUCCCCCUCAGGCGAAGAAAUUUUCUACACCGGCACAGCUGGAGAUCCAGUUCCACUGACUAAAGGCUGGCUCCGAGUAUCUCUUCGUAAAAUCGCGGAGAAUCAUCCGCGGAAUCUACCAUAUCAACCAUAUCGCAAAUAUCGCUCGAUAGAUGUUCAGGAAGUUAAACCUGAAACUGGCUAUGCAGUGGAUGUAGAGGUGUGGCCUACUAAUGUUGUGGUAGAAAAGGGGGGAAAGAUUGUGCUGGAAGUGAGUUCGGGGGAUACUCAGGGAAGUGGAAUUUUUGCUCAUGGAAAUGAGAAGGAUAGAUCCGUAGAGAAAUUUGCAGGUAAGAAUAACAUCCAUUUCGGUGAUGGACAGGAGAAUUUCGUCACAUUGCCUAUUGUGCCAUCAAGAUUAUAA